AUGGAAGUAUAAAAUAUUUAAUACGAAUAAUGUGAAUUUUGUAAUAGAAAGUUUUUUGAAGGAAAAUUGAAAAUGCAUUUAAAAUUAUGUAGUAAAGAGAAACCAAUGAUCUUUGUUGCAAAAGGAAAAGAAGAACUAAAGAAGAAAAGAUCAAAAUCUAUGGUUAAACCAAAAUCUUUGGGACCAAAAAAAACUAAUAGAGAAAACAGUUCAUUAGAUAGAAGUUAUAUAACAACAGCAGAAUGUCAUAUAUGUGGAAGAAAAUUUAAUCCUCGAAAUCUAGAAAGUCAUUUAGAACUUUGUCAAAAAAAUUAAAAAGAAUUAAUGUAUAAAAAAAUGCUUAUUGAAAAAUAACUUAAACAAAAGAAAAUUAGUACUUACCAUUGUAAACAAUGUAGCUAUGAAAUGGAGCAAGAUCAUAAUUUCUGUGGAAGAUGUGGUUUUAAAAGAAAAUGA